AUGGAGACGCUGCCCCGCGUGCCCUCGUCCAGCGCGGGGCUGGCCGUCUUCGCCUGCUACGACCAGCUGCGGCGCGAGAUCCAGGCGCUGCUGGCCGAGAACGAGGAGCUCAAGCGGGUCGUGGACCUCCUCAAGGAGAACCAGCAGCUGCGCGACGUCAUCCGCAGCCGGCCCGACAUGAUGCAGAAGCUGCUGCCCAUCUUCACCCCCACGCCGCGCGCCGACGGCAGCCGCUCCAGCUUCUUCGGCACGGCCGGCGGCACCGACUGGGGCCCGGAGCUGCCGGAGCAGGAGCCGUCCUUCGCGCCGGUGGCCGCGUCGCCCGCGUGGCCCGGGGAGCACUCGGCGGACUCCCGCCUCAGCAGCGGCCCGCUCUUCCCCCUGCCCCGGCGCCGGACCUUCCCGGGCACCUUCCCAGCCGGCACCGGCCCGGAGCCCUGCCCGCAGCAGCUCUCCUGCCCCCCGGACGCGCUCGGCCCCGGCAGCCCCCCCGCAGCCGCCCAGCCGCCCCCCGACCCGCCGGUCCCGCAGCCGCCGGCCCCGCUGGCCCCCAUCCCGCUGCCGCCGGACCUGGGGCCGCCGGAGCCGCCGCUGGAGCAGUCGACGCCGGUGCAGCCGUCGCCCGACGUCCGCCCCAAGGAGUACCCGCGGAAGGUGGCCAGAGCCGUGGACCGGCCGGCGCCCAUCCGGGAGAGCCCGCGGCCCGGCACCCACCGGGACGCCAAGCAGCAGACGUGGGAGCGCAUCGUGGGCGAGAUCGCCUUCCAGCUGGACCGCCGCAUCCUCUCCAGCGUCUUCCCCGACCGCGCCCGGCUCUACGGCUUCACCGUCAGCAACAUCCCCGAGAAGAUCGUGCUGUCCGUCCUCAACAACUCGCAGGGGGGCUUCGACGAGCGGUACUGCGUCGCGGCGACCCGGCGCUACGUCACCCUCAUGACCCGCCUGAGGGCCCUGGGCUACAGCCCCGAGGUGCACCCGUCCUUCGCCGAGUCCGUCGUCAACGCCUACGGCAUCCUGCGGGAGCGCCCGGAGCCGGCGGGCCCCGACGCCCGCUCCUACGCCAGCCCGGGCUUCCUGCGGCGCGUGGUGCUGGAGACGGUGCCGCCGGCCCUGCAGCCCGACGCGCUGCUGCUGCUCGAGUGCCUGCAGCAGCUGGCGCAGGACGACGGCAAGCCGCUCUUCAUCUGGUGA